UCCCAAUAUGACAUCGUACUUCUCGUUGGGAGCAUUUCUACUUGUACUGGUGUCUUCAUCAUGUCCAUCUCCAAUAAGUGAUCUUAUCAAUAUUGAGCCCAAUGGCAUUGAAGACGUGGAGCGAUCCCACAUCGCUAACUUAAUCCUUACUGCACUUAUCCUCCCGAGAAUAACGACAGCACCACCGCGGAUUGACGAACUUGUGGCGACCGCACUUACCACGACACUACCAGCACAGUUAGAAAUAUCGACGGAAAAUAUUGUAAAAAUUAUUGAAACUACGACACAUCACGGUAAUAAUAAUCCGACCGGAUCAACGCCAGCACCAGUCACGAUAUUGGCCGAUAUUACAGAAAUUACAACGUCAGUUACUGAAUCUGCCACAGAAACGACGCCAAGUACAAUGUCGUCGUCAAAACCACCGACCUAUGUCACACUUCCGCCAUUAUCGCCAGGAUCGCUGGGAGGAAUUAUUCGGGAAGCGUUGGGCCUCGUCCAAAAUACGAUUCGUGUCGUAGGUUUGAAUUUACUAGGAAAUCAGGCCCUCGUAGGAAAUCCUCCUCCCGGAUUGGUACGAAUUAAUGAGACGCACUUCAAACUAGUUGGGACAAGGGGGGAGGAGGUGGAAAAUGGGAAAAUAAUUAACCACUAAGAAACUUAGUUUACAUAUUUUAAACAGGUGCCAUUAAGUUUAAUGAAAUUUUGCAAUUAAAUAUUCUUGCAGAAUGCAUAGAACAAGUUAAUAAUUGUUAAGAAGAUUAUUAAUUAAGAAAAUUAUUCAGAUUUAAGGAUAUUCCGAAAGCUUGUAUUUUGCUCAAAUAUAAAAUUCAUAAUGUUACCCAUGGUAAAUGAAAAUUAGUUUGAUUAAUAUUUUUAAGGUAGCGGAAUCUACAUGAAAAUAUUUGUCAAUUUUUAUUUGUAUUUAGGUAGUUUAGUUUAAUUAAUGCAUGAUACUGUGGAUUAUUAUUAUUAUGUGUUAAUUAAAGGAUAUUUUUAAAGUUGAAUGAAUCUGUUAGUUUUAUAAGAAUUUGUGUUAUUACCUAGUCGUCUCAAUUGAACUGGGA